AAGGUAAAAGAGUUGCUCCUUGAUAGAAGAGUUCAAUCGAAGUAAGCCAGCUUCGUCAAAUACAGCUGAGGCUAUAUUUUUGCUUUUGAGAUAUUUUUCACUGAACUUUGUCGUUUGUUUUUUUUAAAAAGUAGUUUUUAUUUAGACCUUCUAGGUUUUUUCAUGCGAGUGUUAGCAAUGGCGCUAAAACAUUUGCGGACACUGACACCACUUUUAAGGUUUAAUUGUCAGAGUAAAACAUCUGGAAAAGACUCUAUAAAGACAAUUUUAGUUCCAGUAAAAUCCUACAGCGCUCAGCAUGGAGGCGAAGACACGGGAAGAGCUGCAGGUCAGACUGUGGUCUCGGAGAGAACGGGAUCCGUGGUUACUGUGGCAAUAAACCGGCCUGAGGUGCGUAAUGCGGUGAACCAGGAGACAGCGAGGCGUCUGCUGGAGGAGCUGAAGGCCUUUGACAGUGACCCAGGCUUGAACGUGGCUGUCCUGCAUGGGAAAGGAGGGAAUUUCUGCGCUGGUUAUGAUCUGAAAGAGCUGGCCAAUCACACAGGCCCCUCGAAAUUGGAGCAAGAUGUCACAAAGGGUCCUGGUCCAAUGGGCCCGUCCCGUUUACAGCUGUCAAAGCCCCUGAUAGCAGCAGUGAGUGGUUUCGCCGUGGCUGGAGGGUUGGAGCUGGCUCUGCUGGCAGAUCUGAGAGUGGUGGAGGAGAGCGCCGUCAUGGGAGUGUUCUGCCGCAGGUUUGGUGUUCCACUGAUUGAUGGAGGCACGGUGCGCCUCCCACGUCUAAUUGGUUUAUCAAGAGCACUCGACCUGAUUCUGACUGGACGGCCAGUUGGAGCACAAGAGGCUCUCGCAUAUGGACUGGCCAAUAGAGUCGUUCCUGAUGGCCAAGCUUUACAGGCGGCGCUGGAGCUAGCAGAGCAGAUCAGCUCCUUCCCUCAGCAGUGUCUGCGAGCCGACCGUGCUUCAGCCAUGUACGGCUGCUAUGACGCUCCAUCUUUCACACAGGCCAUGCAGUAUGAAAUCGACCAUGGGAUUCCUGUCAUCCAAGCAGAAGCUGUUGCCGGGGCACUCAAAUUUACUUCUGGAGUAGGAAGAGGAGGAAAGUUCUCCUAGGAUUUAGUGUGCACUAACCUUAUGAAGUGUGACUUCAGGUGAUCCAACACAUCCUGCUGCACACUUUCAAACUCUUUGUCCACAAAUUGAAAGUCUUUUUUUUAUGUCUGUACUCACUUCCUAUCUGCUUUAAAAGCAAUUACAGUUACAGCGAAAUCCAAUAAUUAAGCUCAAUUUAAAAGAAAUACAGCUAAUGAUAAUAUCUUUCUACCACUAAUAUCGUCUCUUUGGUUUAAAAUUUACUAUGUUGUGAGUUGCACUUGUGAGCAGCUCAGUGGAGCGGUGGCUGCCAACAAGUUUUUGAAAAUUACUGCACUGUCUCCAGACAUAAUUUUAGAGUUGGUGUUAGUAAUUUGAAAUGCACAAAGUGCACAUGCUGCACGGCCCACUUUCUCCCUCAGUGAUGUUUUCAGAUGUUU